CGUACAACGGUUGCUAUGGGGCGUGAGCGCUUGUGAACGCAGGUCGCGCUGCCUGUCGGGACGGUGGCGGUGCGCUCCGGAAGGUUGCGUGUCCCGAGUGCCCCAGUCAGUGCGCUGUGCUCCGGUGAGGCUCAGUGUCUUGGCCAUCGGUCGGUUGCGGUGGCGGCACCACCACCACCCCCUCGACGACGCUUCGAGGAGACUGCGUGUACUGCCCUCCGCACACCGGACAGGCCGCGUGUCUUGGGAAUCAGCUUCAGUCGACUGGCCGGCAGGCCGGCUUGAAGAGCAAACCGCCGUUCUGCGCACCGACUGACUGUCAAAAAAAAAUAAUAAAAAACAAAAUCCGGAGGGUACGGGCCAACAGGAAUUCACAUCUACUGCCCUGACACUUUUUGAGUGCGACCCCUGGUCGAGCGGCUGCUGUUGUACCCCCCCUCCUCCUCCUCAUAGAGUCGAGGAGUGUGGUGUCACGGCAAUCGAGACGCCCGUCGCCUGGGUUUGCCUCUCACGUCUGAGGAUUCCAGCUGGGAGUUGCAUACAAGGAGGAGGAGAAGCGGCAGGUGCCCAGUAGCGGCCCAUGAGUUCGGUGCGGGGCGGCGGAGGGGAGCCGCAGCUGCAGGAGCAGGAAGAGGAGGCCGAGGCCGAGCCGGGGGCAAGAGCACGCGCUGGAGGCACCGACUCCGGAGACAGCGCAAUGGUUACUUCCAAAGGGGCUGGCCUGAAUCCGAAUGCAAAAGUUUGGCAAGAAAUUCCGCAGGGUGUCAUUGAAACUGGUCCAGCAACUGCUAACGGGACAGAGAAUUCCUGGCAGGACGAAGCCCCCACAACAGUGGCGUACUCUGAGGCUUACAUGCCAAUGUCGGCCGAUGCCUGUAAGACGUAUGACGUGAUGUUCUCUAGCCCCUCGGAGUCCAGUGGCAACAGUACCUCUGCUCCUUCAGAGGAUGUUGGCGUUAAUGGCAUGGAUGCCUUGGAUAUUACCUUCCCACUAUAUGAGUCUCCUGGUUUAACAGGAGAAGGUGACUCUACAUUGGAACAUCCCAUUUCCAAGGAAAACCUAAGAGAGUCAUUGAAAAAGCACUUGGAGUUUUGCUUCUCAAGAGAAAAUCUAUCCAAAGACCUUUAUCUCAUGUCCCAAAUGGAUAGUGACCAAUUUGUUCCUAUUUGGACCAUUGCCAGCAUGGAGGGAAUAAAAGUAUUGACCACAGAUAUGGAACUCAUUCUGGAUGUCCUGCGUUCUUCGCCUAUGGUACAGGUUGAUGAAAAAGGGGAGAAAGUGCGACCCAACCAUAAACGCUGUAUCAUUAUCUUACGUGAAGUGCCCGAGACCACCCCUGUUGAGGAAGUUGAGGCCUUGUUCAAAAACGAAAACUGCCCCAAAGUGAUCAGUGUGGAGUUUGCUCACAACAACAACUGGUACAUAACAUUCCAGUCUGAUACGGAUGCACAGCAGGCAUACAAGUAUUUAAGAGAAGAAGUGAAAACAUUUCAGGGAAAGCCAAUCAUGGCCAGGAUAAAAGCCAUCAACACAUUCUUUGCCAAGAAUGGUUACCGUGGGCUAGACUCCAGUGUGUACCCCCAGCAAACACAAACUCAGACACAGUACACCUCGCCUCUUUUCAUGCAGCCUGUUUACAGUCCCCAACACCAGUACCUCUACAGCAUGGUGCCUCAGACCUGGCCGCCAUCACCCGCUCCCUACUUUGAAACUCCACUGGCUCCUUUUCCCAACAGCAGUUUCGUUAAUGGCUUUAGCCCUGCGGGAAGUUACAAGUCAAGCACCAGUUCACUGAGCCUGGGUCGCCCAUUUCACAGAAGUCGGAACCACAUAAAGCCUCAUCUGCGAUCAGUAGAUAUACCUCCUACAGUGGGGACUGUGCCUCUGUUGGAUGGACUGGUAGGACCCACGUCACGAAGCCCCCAGACUCCAAGGCAGGCUGGCUCCAUUUUAGGACCCCAAGAACUGGCUAGCACUUACUCUGUGAAGGACUCAUCCAGUCUGAUUUCUGAGCAGAAUGGGGAAAGUAGCGGGGCUGGAAGAGGCAGAAGAAGCACUUACAGAGGAGGUAGACGGAGAAGAGAAGAUGAGCGUAGCACAAGACCUCAGCCCCUCACCGAGAGCAAAGUUCCAGCACCAAAGUUUGACCUAGCAACCUCCAAUUUCCCUCCACUCCCAGGCAGUGUAAUAAGCAGGCUUGGAGAACCUGUCUUGGAGACCAGAAUGUCUGAUGUUGUCCGGGGAAUCAACAAAGAAAAGGAGACGCCCAAGGAGACCCCAGCUGUUUCUUCGACUACAGUGAGUGAGGAGAUAGUUUUUGGUGCUCCCAUGGUGUGUCCGUCCCUCAAGUCUGCCAACAUUAGCACUUCUGUACCAGACCCUCCAGAAACAAGUGCAAAUACUGCAGAGAAAAGUCCUGUAGUGGAAAUCGUCAUCCAGAAGGAAGCAGCCACUUCAACUUCAUCUGUUGUAACAUCUGUUCCUCAUCAGCCGCCUGUGGUACCAAAACCUCCAAGACCAGCUCCCACAGCCCCUUCAGCCCUAAAUCCUGCACUGCCAAGCAGUGGUGUACCGGAGCCCCGCAAGCUGAGUUACGCCGAAGUUUGUCAGAGGCCACCCAAAGACCCAUCACCUGCAGCUGCUCAGCCCUUGAGGGAACUGCGUACAAACACUAACCCUGCAGGCAAGACAGAAGAUCCUGCUUCUAGUUCAGUAAGCAUUACUGGCUCUGCCAGCAUGAGUGGUGACAAACCGCUACAUGGCCAGGAGAAGCCAGCAGACAGCAAGUUGGAAGGACGUUCACGGGAAACACAAGCUGGGUAUCGGAGUAAUGGCACCUUGCGAUCUAAUGCUGCUGGGCUCAAACUGCGUGAGCAGCAGCGGCGGACACCAACUGCACGCCGAGCUUCACCUCAGGGAGCUGGACGAAGGAGUGGAAAAGAGCAAAAUGUCCCGCCCAGAUCGCCAAAGUAAAAAAGAAAAAAAAAUUUAUAAAAGUAAGCACGAAUGAACAAUUUUUAAUGGAACGUAAAUUCCCUGGACUCACAUCAGAGACUCAUUGCUGAGGUCCUCAAGAGCCAUGGGACUACAACGACUUCUCAAGUCAGAUAACUUCUUAUAUAUUAUCUUACUGAGGAAACCGCCAUAUCAUUGGCGAAAUCUAGGAGGAUGUCUGAAUGCUGUGGAGCAUCUAUAUAUUUAGCUUUUUUCUUGUCUUUUUUUCUUUCUUUCCCUCACUCCUUCCAUUUUUGUGUUGAAUUCAAUUUUUUUUCCCUUUGUUUUCCCCGUAUUGGGAGGGAGGGUGGAUUCACUUGGGGGGGAAAGAACACAGCAAGAAUUGGUGAUGUACAGAGCUUUAAUGAAGAAUGCACUCUGAGGUUUAUAUAUAAAUAUGUAGAAUUAUAAAUGAGCGCGCAUCACCUUCCAUGAAUUACAGCAUGGUGAUUUUUUUUUUUUUUUUUUUUUUUAAAUUGCAGUUUGGGUGGGGUGCAGAGCUUUUUAAACCAACAUGCAAUCAAUAAAUAUCAGAGAAGAGACUGAAGUUCUGGUUGUUGGGUGUGGUGUAUGCGCUGCUGUGCAGGCCCGCAUUUGUUUGGGGGAAAAGGGCAAGGGGGACCUUGAGGAUGACAGAUUGCAUUGAGCAUCACUUGGUGUUGUGAAGCCACUGGUGAAACUGACCACUUGUGUUUUCCUCUCUCGGGCCCCCUUUUUGCUGCCACUCUUCUCCCACCUGUCCCCCACCCAAUGUUUUAACUGUUUCCUUUACUUUUUAUUCAUCAAUUUGUUUUUCGCCUUGCUGAUUCUGAAUGUAUUUCAUCGAAAAUGGGUUGCGUUUACAGUUUGUCGAUUUAACUUUUUUUUUUCUUUUUUUUUGGGUCUAGAAUUGAUUGAUCUGCUUCCUUGUCUGUGCAUCUUGUGCGCAAAAAAAAAAAAAAAAAAAUAUAUAUAUACAUAUAUAUCUAUUAAUAAUCAUGGACCUUCUCCUCCCCCAUGAAUGUGGCAGGUUCCAUUCAGAUUUGUAGGUUAAAUUUGCAGGGAUUUUAAAAUGAAUCAUAGUUUUUAAUUUUUUUUUUUCUUUCUCUCUUUUUGGUCAUUUACUAUUUAGACAUUCAGCUUGCAUCAGACCAAAAAAAUGUUAAUGAAAUAGGUUGGCCGUAGUGUGAAAUAUCCUGUUAAACACAUUUUCAGAGCACGGCUGCAUUGAUGCUGGACAGUCUGAGAAUAUCAUAUGCCGUGCAGAAUUGAAUUUUUUUUUUUUUAAUUUAUGCUUAAUAUUUUUACAGGAGGCUGGGGUUUUGAAGUGACGUGCGAAGAACAUGUGUUUAAAAAAAAAAAAAAAAAGUAGCUUGAUUUGGAGAGUGUAAUAAAUAAGACUGGUCCCUUUUUAAUGUGCUAGUUCAGUGCGACAGCACCUUUAGAAGCAAUUUUAAAUAACGUUACCUAAACAAAGCUGUAUCUGCUAAGUGUCAUUGCUUUUCUAAUGGGGGCUGAUUUAUGUUUAUGUAGUAUAUCCUUAGUAAUUUAUUUUUGUGCACCCAUGCAAAAGAAUUUUCUUUUAAAUACACUAACAUUUAAGGUGAGGUUUGUAAAUGUGUAUCAGUGGAAUGGCGUAAUGCCUGGUAAUAAGUGGUUUGGAUCCAAAGAGGCGUUUAGUGCUUAAUGUUUUUAACAUCCAGUGGCUUUGUGGAUGAUCAUGAGGUUGAGAGAAUGGACAGAUCUGUGGACCACUAAACUGUAUUGGAUAUACAAUUUUCAGAUUGACCAUAAUACUCCCAAGGCAAGGGCACAAAAAAUUAAAAUGAACUGGGGACUGUAAAGACCCAAACACCGCCACCAUGCAAAACAGUAGGAUGAACUGUGUUCGAGAGCAGUUCAUAAAAAUUCUGAUGAAAGGAUGAAAGCAGGUCUUCUGUUGUAAUGUCUUUUUCCUAUAGGAAGGACAUGAUGAGAAGUCAAAGGUAAUAGAUACAAGGGAGUGUAAUGACCUUUCUGUUCACCCUACUGAAGAUUUGUAUUGGUGAAAUUAUUUUAAUGUACCUAAACAUGCCACCCUUUCAUUUGAAUUUGUGCAUCUCUUGGAGAGUCAUCAAUUACUGUUUGAAGGGCCCAGGGUGCAAGUCAUGCUGUUCAAGCUAGCAUCGCUAGUCAUGAGCAAAAGAUGCUCUUCAAACCCUACCAGUACACAGGUCGUGCAAAAAGAAUUGUUAGUGCUUGUGAGCACCUUGGUUACUUUAAAACCCAGAGGCAAAAGAAGGUGUAGUCUUAGAUUUUUUUUCUUCUUUAAAUACGCAGUAUGUGUAAUUUUAAAUAAAAUUAGACAAUAAAGAACUGGACUAAUGUAUUGCUUUUUGUUUUGAGUCAAUAAUCAGAAAAAAAAUCAGAUAAUGGAAAACACAGUGCCAAAUGAUUCUGGAGGAUUUUGGGGACAAGGUAUUUGUUCAACAGUAGUGUAGGGUUUUUAGGCUGUCUUGCAGUCUUUUUUUUUUUUUUUGGCCCAAACCUGCUCUCACCCAGAUAGUGGCUCCACACUAAAUACAUAAAGACCUGCAUGGCAUUCCCAGCAGACGUUCUUUGUGCAGUGUCUAGAAUUUUGGUUUAUGUUUUUGAACUUCUGCCAUGAUCUGUUCAUUAAAUAGAAUGAAUUUAAAGGGUUUAGUUUCACCAGUAUGGGGUUUUGUUUUGCCGAGGUCACAUCAUGACUGCAUUCCAAGCUUUGUCUUGUAAAGUGUAUUGUGGAGGUUCCUGGCAUCUACAUGAAAUUGAACAUGUAUUGAUAGGCCUCUGAAACUCGGUUCGUUGGAACCCAGAGAACAGUCUACAGGCAAAGUGCGUGCCCUCAUGAAUGCUGAGGUUAAGCAGACAGGCACUUGGAACAGAAAGAGGGUGCAGAGUAGAAUCAUCUAUUAGGAUUUGUAUUAGACUCUGGCGAGUUAUUGGUAGCAUUAAGUAUCUUGGGGCAUGCAGCAGGUACCAGCCUUUUUAACCCAUGUUACCAGCUUCUUACAGAGAAUACCAUUUGGUACAGUGAAGACUGAUCGUCUUUAAAGAACUUAAGUUGGGAUUACAAUCUUUGUGUCUGCCUAUCUCUCAUGGGGCUGCUGUGUAGUGCCGAAAAUUCUGAAUGGGACUUGGCUAGGGUAUGUCACCAGUCUGAUUGUAUAAGGUCUUAUUUUGAGUGGAAAUGCUAGGUCUCUUGUAUUUUUCCAAAUGUUGCUUUCAUAUAAUAGCCUCUGAGGUUAUAUUAGACACAUUGUGUAUGAGAGAGAUUGGCCAUCUGCUUGUUUGUUCAUAAAGAAGCUUUGCGGUAUGUGUUUGUUCACAUGCCUGUGGAGCAUGUGUGGUUGACAGGCAGGCAAUGAAUACAAGCACCCUGUUAGCUAUGACCGACUAGCCUAAAAUAAAGUCCAUUGCUGUCUACUCAUUAUGCUGCCUUUACAAGCAUAGUAAUGUGAAGCUUAUGACUUUGGCAAGCAACUCAUCUCUCAAAUGACCUGACUGAUGUAUGAUUUGAGUUUUUUUUUUUUUCUUUUGUUUUAAGUUGUAUAUGUUUUUGACUAUGAUUGUAAAUGUGUUUUUCUUUUCGCCGUUGUAAGUGUGCUACAUUUCUUCCCCUGCGUAGUUACUUCUCCCCAUUUUCUUUAAUUUGGAUGCUUGCUUUUAUUUAUUUUUCUGUUUUCAGAUUUGGGACUCGCUGACUGGCAUUGGGGUAGGGGUAUAUAUUUGUAAAGGGUUAGUCUGUUGUGUAGCAGCUGCACUGAGCCCCGACGGUCGUAGCCUUUACCUUUUUUUAUGUUGAUUGGCUUAACAUCUCUCUGGGAUGGUCAUACUCGUUUUAUUUUGGUACUCAUCCCAUGUAUUUGUAUUGUCAGUUUUAAAGAGGACCUGGCAAUGUGAUGGUUGCUUCUCAGCUGUUGAUUUCUUUGACGAUCAAAUUGCAUCAGCAACUCCAAUCACUUUGCCCUUCAUUGGGUCCUCCCAGGUUCCUAUCCACCACUUUACAUGGAUUGCUUCUGUUUGCAGACACACAUGAAGACUCUGUUCAUUUUUUGCUGUCUUAAUUUAUCCCUGCCAUUUAAUCUGUACAGAUUGUGAAACUGUAGGUCCCUGCUUUAAUGUUGAAUUAAGAAAAAAAAAAAAAAAGUCAACUAUCCAUGUGUUCUUUCUGUCAUUGCCAAGGUGCUAUGGAUUAUUGAAAUAACACACAAAUGCAAAUAAAGCUGAUCUUUAAACACCC